UGCCCUGCCGAAAAUGGACUGGAGAAAAAGGCCGGACUACGCCGACACCGCUUACCGAGAGGCGGUGGGUCGGUUGAGAAUCCUGCUGGCCGAAAGUUACGCUCCCAUCAAGAGACCUCUGAGGGAGCUGGAUAGCGCGGGCGAGGAAACGGACAACCAGUCCCUCAUCAGUGCGGGAAGCCGAAAUUCGAGGCCAGGGAGGAAUUACUACCAUUACACCCCCGUUACGUCCAGGAAGUAUCACUAUUAUCCUCCACUGAGAACCCCCUACAAUGUGCUGUCGACAGAAACAGAAAAGCCGCUGCCCGAACCUUCAAAGUCGGAACAUAAUUCCGCACCACCCGAAUUGAUGUCAUUUAUAGAGAGGCAAGAGGAAUACAUUGAACAACUAGAAAAAGAAUCCAGGUUUUGUAGGGACGAACUGUCUUCGCUCUUAAGCAAGGUAAAAGACGUUAUCAGCGAGAACGAGAAUUUACACGAAAAACAAAAAUCCAAACUGAUAAAAUCGGUUUUUGAUCAUUUGGAAACUGAAACUGAGACCGAAACUGAAAUCGAAAAUAAAAAUUUAUUAAAAUCACCGAAAAAGACGAAGAAGUCUAGAAUCAUUGAAGGCCCCUCCAUAGUCUUCGAAUCCAGGAUUUCCGAAUUAGAGGCUCAGCUCACUCAAUCUCGUAUCGACCUCAAGAAAGCUUUAGACGAAAACGACAGCUAUAAGAGGAAAAUUAAUGACGGCACCAUCUUGGAGAGCGUAGGAUACGAAUCGUACAAAAAGCAAAUAGAUCUCCUUCAAAGAGAGAAGGACACCCUGCAGGAAAACGUAACCAAGCUACAAAAUGCCUUGGCUGUUCUACGCGACAAGGAAAACGACACGUGCGACAAGGUAAAACGGAGUUUGGAUGUCGCCGAACAGGCUCAGUAUGAAAAGAACGCAGCUGAAUCUGAAAUCAGGAGAUUAAAGGACGAAUUGGAACGGCAACAUUUAAAAUUAAGGGACGCAAUAGCCGAACAGGGACGAAGAGUGGCAGACGAACGAGCCGCCGUCGAGAGACGAUACACCCAACAGAUAGAACAACUAACCGCGGAACUAGGGGUUCAGUGGGAAACCACCAAUAAGAUGCAGCUAGAGCUGGAUAAACAGAGAAGGGAAAAUGCGGAUUUGCGCAGGGAAGUCACCCAGAAGCAAGCCCUGAUCGACGAGUUGAAGAAGGACAUGCAGAACAAAAUAAUUACCCUGCAAACCGACAUCGGUGUCAGUGGGGCGGAGAAAAGUGCCCUGGAACAGCAAAUAUCCACCCUCCAGAUGGCCAACGAGAGGAGCGAACGACAACUGAAGCAAGAGAUAGCUCGUCUGCAGGUGGAAAUCCAAUCGCUGAGGCAAAGGCUGGACAGAGCCGACGUGGACCUGAUCCACAGCCGCAGAGAAAACAUCAGGCUCACCGAACACGUGGCCUCGUUAGAAAAAGAAAUAAAUUUAAACGCAGCUAUAACAGACGAGCGAAGCAAGACCCCCAGGGGAGGUGAGAUUGUCGCACUGCCUCCGCCCGCCCCGAAGAAAGAGGAUCGUGAGAAAGAGCUAAGUUCCAUGAUACACGACAUGGAGAACAAACACGCGGCCACGGUAGCCGAGCUCGAGACCAUGAUCUACUCCCAAAAUCAACUCAUGGACAAACUGUCGACGGACUGCCACGUCCUCACUCGGAAACUAGAAGAUGCGAGCGUCAGACACAAGGAGGAAAUACGGGAGCUACAAACUAGCCUAGAAUUUUUAAACAGUAGGUUUAUUCAGUCACAAAUGUCUACGUCCAAAGCCAAAGAUGAGGAACAUACUGCAACAAACAGUCAAAGAAAUAGAUCACCUCAAAACGCCAAAGUACAACCUGAAGUUUCAAGCCGUAAAAGCAGCACCGGAUCGUCUAAGCCGAAGAUACCGUCGAGGCAAAGCAGCAGGGACAAAUUCCAGAACUCGGCGUUGCCGCCGCAUCAGCAAACUCAACAAGGCGCCAAAUCCAAAACUAAGCUGCCGUCUUCUGCAUCUAAAGAACGACUGGCUAACAUUCCGAAACCGGAAGCGAAAGACGAAUAUCCCUCGGAAUCCAAAGAGAAGAAUCAGCAGGAACCAAAAGAACAGGCCGAUCCCGAAGAUAAGCAACAGAGUGAACCGAUUAAGCAGAAAUUCGCAGAAGACGAUCAACAGUACGGCGAUCAGUUAGAUCAACAGUACACACAUCAAGAGUACGAUCCCAACUCGCAGUUCGACGUUAAUCAGGUCUACGGUGCAAACCAAGAAUACAGUCCCGGCCAGCAGUACGAUCCCAGUCAACAGUAUGACGUCAGUCAGUACGAUCCUAAUCAGCAGUAUGAUCCGAAUCAACAAUACGAUCCUAACCAACAGUACACGGUGCCCCAAGAAUACGAUCCUAACCAACAGUACGAGCAGUACGUGGAAGACGGCGAUCAGCAGUACGCCGACAAUCCAAAUCAACAGUAUCCCGUCGAUCCUAACCAAAUGGAAGUGGAUAAUCUGCAACAGUUCGGUCAGAGCAAUUCCGAGAAUAUCGAAACGGUAGAAAAGUAAUGAAGUCGUAAGAUUUUUAGUUCAACGUUGUAAAUUUGUUUGUUACUGCGAAAAUAAAGCUUGUUGGGGCCGAUGCAAAGGACAGAAGUGCAAUAUAUAGUCGAUAUGUGUAUUACUUAAAUUUGUUAAGUACUUUAUAUUGGAAUAGGUGCAAUUUUAUUAAAUAUCCAGCUGAAAUAA